UCGACAGAUGUCUUCCAAAAGAAGAGAGGGAAAUACACAUCUGAAGUGCUUUAACUCUACUUCUGGAUUUUCUAAAGCCGCUUUAGUUGCUGCGGAAAGAACCACAACUCUUGCUUUCGAAGGUGGCAAAGUGUCUUCUGAUGACCUCAUAGAGAUGAAAAAGCUUCGGGGGAAGAGAGAGGAGGGGCCAGUAUCUGCAAAAUCCUAUGGCCUCUUUAGCUGCGGCUCCUCGACUCCUCUAAAUGGGCUCAGAGGGCCAACUAGAGAUGGCGCAUAAUGAGAAACAAAAUGAUACUGCAAUUUCUACACUUCAAGUUCAAGUGGACGAUGUGAAAAAUGUCAUGACUCAUAAUAUCGAAAAAGUUUUGCAAAGAGAUGAACGACUGAGUGAGCUGGCGGACCGAAGCGAUGAUCUUGAAACAGCGGCUCAUGGUUUCCAAAAAACAACUACGAAGAUCUCAAGGAAGAUGUGGUGGAAAAACACUAAAAUGGUUGUAAUUAUUGUAGGAAUUCUCCUUGUCAUUGUAAUUUUCAUUGUUCUUCUGGCCACAGGUGUCAUUCCAACAUAAAGAACUUUUAAGCAACUAAAAGCAUCACAUGGAUAUUCUUUCUAAAAUAUUUUACAUGGAAAAGAUCAUUUAUGUUUCAUCUUAUUUUUCUACAAUAAACAUAAUUAACAGUUACCAUAUGCUUGCAUAUAUAGUGCUGCUUUCAGCUGACAAAAAGAAUGAGCUAUUUCCACCUUCCAAUUUUUUUAAAAAAAAAUUUUGACAAGUUAAUUUUACUGACAGGCUAUUGGAUCUAAUUAUAACCUCACACACAAAGUCCUGAGCAAAAGUCUCGUUCAGCAGCAUACAUAUCAAAAGGAACUUGUGUGCUGGAACAAAAUUACUUGAUUUCUAGCACCGAUCUCUUCCAUGUUUUGCAUCCUUGUUGGUUAAAGGCACAUUUUUUAAAAAAUUGCCAAUUCUUAGUUUGUACCUAUGAGACUAAGUAGGAAAUGUUCUUUAAUAAAGAACAAAGCGAGGCAGUAGAUUUAUGUUGAUGUUUCUCAAUCUGAAUCUACUGUUCUAUCCUCCAUGCUUAUUCAUUCACUCACAUUACUUGAAUCUUCUAUGUAGUUAAAUUUCCUGUCAAUUCGGUAACAACCUGUUAAAGCCUUAGUUUGAGGUUUGCUGACAGCCACUGAUGACAGAAGGUAGGUAGACCUUGAGAUAAGAAGCAUCAAUUAAGAGUCAUGAGAUCUUCUCCUGAGAUGGUGUGUAUAUAAGUCACAGUGGAAGCAGAGUAAUUCAUUAUUUCCUUUGGUUAAGGUACUAUGUUGCAAUAUCUUAUUUUAUGAUGGACUAUCAGAAACUUAGUUUUCACUGCAAGAUUUGAGAGGAUUUAUCCAGCUGCCAGCAAAAUGAUGCAAUUGAUAACUAUCUUAAAAGUACUGCCCUGUUUGAUUUAGCUCCUCACUUGGUUAUGUAAAUGUUUAUUGCCCACAGAAAUACCAAUGUAACAGCUUUCUGAUAAAUUUCAAUAUCAAAGAAUGUUGAUACCUAUGUACCAUCUGUCAAAAUAUCAAAUGUUGAUACCUACGUACCAUCUGCCAAUAUUUGCAUUAUGUGUCUGACAUCAACAACUCACACUUUGUUGGCAGGCACUGCU